AUGCGAUGUCUGGCACAGCUUUCGACGAAGAAUGACAUUGAUUGGCAGGGAUUGGCAGUUGCACCGAAAUUUGCAAUGCGACGAAGCACCCCAAAAGGAUUGAUAAUCUGCUUCCUCCAGCUCGCCUGCCGACCGCCCAACACCCUGCAAACCAACCCCCCCAGUCAGGAUCCUGAGCCCCUCAAUCCCAUAGCGUCGACCGAAAUGCGCUCCAUCCUGCCUGUUUUGACCGUCUUGCUCAGUGCUACUACCAUGCACCUGUAUGUCGCUUCUCCAGUCCUUCGCGGCGUCGUCGAGGAGAAAGCAUGGACCGGCUACGGCGUAUACGAUCACCCCACGCCCUACCGUCCCCCAACUGGUCCUUGCGGCGAUCCACCUUGCUAG